AUGGAAGCAUUACUCGAGGAUGAAAGGAAGUGUAGAAUAGCAAAUGACUACGAAGGACUGCAGAAGAUAUUUGAAAAGAUGAUGGAGUUGUGCACAACAGAUGAAGAAUUGGCAAGUGUUGUAAGGAUGUUGAGCAUGAAGCGAGGACAGAAUAAGAUGGCAAUGAAAUGGAUGAUCGGAGAGUUGUUCAACAAGAAAAAGAAUGAAGAGGGAUUUAUCAGGUUUUUCAGCUUAAUCUUGAAAGAUGUUAUUGAGGGAAAGAUAUUCAUGGAAGAGGAGAGAAUAUACAUCACUGAGGAUCUCAAGAGAAGAUACGAAGCAGGUAAUGAUGUAGAAAAUGCAUUUGAUGUGGUGAUAAAUGUGCCAGUAGAAACAUUUACUAUGUUAAAGGAGUUUGUGGUGAUCAACUAUCAGCUUGAGCAGUUAAGGCUGUGUAUACUAAACAUGGACUGGAUAAGAGCAGACAUCACGAUGAAGAAGAUUAGAAAGAAGUAUUUUGAUACAAAUGUAGAAACAGUUGGAGAGAAAGUAAAGUUCUAUGAGUUGAGUGUGCUCCUGCAUCUAGGACAACGAAAGUAUUUUGAUGCAUCGUGUAUCUAUUAUGCUCUUAGUGAGCUUGGAGUUAACGUAUGCAAGUAUGUUGUGUUAAGCUCGUUUUUCAGUAUUCUUACGACAUGUGAUAGUGGACUGGAAGAUUUUGUAUCUAAGAAAAAGGAAAUGCUAACAAAGCUUGCUGAAGAUAAAAACAACAGUGAAGCAUCAAGAAAGAUGGUUGGGAUGUUUUUAGCUGAUAUGGUGAUAGACAAAUCUGUCAUAAAUGAGAUUAGAGACGUGUUUUGCGAAGCCACCAACACGUCUAAAUAUUUGAAUGAAAUCGUCUCCUGCAUUGAUGAACACAACUUCAGAGUGAUUGCAAAAUUCCACUCAUCAAUCAGCAUCCAGGACAUGGCAAUGAUAAUGCAGACGCCUGAAGAUGACGUUAUAAACAGAAUAUCGUUUAUGGUGAACAAUAAUUUUGUAAAUGCCAAGAUCGACCAGAAAACUGGAAUGGUUGACUUUGGAACCAGAAAAUGGAGUGAUAAUGUGGGAAACGUACUGGACAAACUGAUCAGAUGUAAUCAUCUUAUACACAAGGAACGGUUACAGGCAUCGAUUAAAGAAGAUUAG